CCUGCAAAUCCAGCGCGCUGUAACCGCCGGGGCCCCGAGACGCCCCCCCAGCCGCAGGCUUCGGAACCGGGAACAGCAGCAAUGGCAGCCGCAGCCGUGGCCUCCAGCUCCACCCCGCGGCCGCUCCGCCUGGCGCCGCGCCGGGCUCUCGGCGGCGCGCCCGACCACGUCAACGCCCCGCCGCUCCGCUCCCGCAGGCCGCGGCUCGCCGUGUCGGCCUCGGCCGGGGCGGAGGCGGAGGCCGGCGGCUCCGAGCGGUUCUACUUCAACUUCACCGGGUUCCCCUUCCCGCUCGGCCCCUUCCUCAACCGCCGCACCAUCCGCACCGAGGCCGUUGUGGGUGGAUGGAUGGAUCAGGCGGUGAAGGGCAGCAUAUGGCUGUUCGAGCAGGAGCAGGCGCUGGGCUUCAGCAGCGUCUCCACCAACAUCCGCAUGACAGUCAUCAGGCUCAAGUCCGGCGGGCUCUGGGUGCACGCGCCCAUCGCGCCCACCAAGGAGUGCAUCCAGCUGCUCAAGGAGCUGGACGCGCCGGUGGAGCACAUCGUGCUGCCGACCUUCGCGUACGAGCACAAGAUCUUCGUCGGGCCCUUCUCCAGGAAGUUCCCCAAGGCGCAGGUAUGGGUGGCGCCCAGGCAGUGGAGCUGGCCGAUCAACCUGCCGCUCGAGUUCUUCGGCAUCUUCCGGGCCAAGCCCCUCAAGGACGAGGACGACGCCACCCCGUGGGCCGCCGAGAUCGAGCAGAAGGUUCUCAGCUCGCCGGAAGUUGGGAUCGGACCAUAUGUGGAGGUGGCUUUCUACCAUAAGCCUUCGAAGACAUUGCUGGUGACGGAUGCUGUCAUCUUUGUUCCUCGACAGCCUCCGGAGUGUAUCAGCAAAGAAUCAUUGUUAGCUUCGGCCAAGAACGGAUUGGCAGUGAAGCUAUUGAGCAAAGGGAAAGAGGUUCCAGAUGAACCAGUUGUGGACAAUACACUGAACCGUCAGAAAGGAUGGGAGAGGAUGGUGCUUCAAAUACUGUUUCUUGGCCCCUCAAAUCUUCUUGAGCCAAAUGCAAGUUUUGCUCAAAUGUCACAAAAAUUGAUUGUCUCACCAAUUGUCAAGACACUCGUUUUCAGCAAAGUUCCAGAGAAGGUGAGGGACUGGGUCGACAGGAUCGCUGCCGACUGGCCAUUCCGACGGAUAAUCCCUUGCCAUUUUUCAGCCCCAAUCAACGCGAGCCGAUCAGACUUCCUGGCCGCCUUCGCCUUCCUUGACGAGCUGCUCCCUGAUCGCCCCGCCGCGGUGCCUGGCCUCUCCCUGCUCUUUGCCUCGUUCAUGGGGAAGGCGGCCAGCUACUUCCCUCCUGACGACAUGAAGACGCUUUCCUCGCUGGACGAGUUCUUGGUUUCGGUUGGUGCUGUCAAGAAGACCGUCUCCGGGAGGAAGAGGUGAUGCGGAGAAAGCUGGUGGAUUGUGCAUAGUUUUGUAAGAAAACACAGUUGCUGUAGCUCGUGCUUGGAGCAUGGUUUACACUGUCAAAUCUGUAUGUAGUUAGUGGACAAAAAAUGGUCCAUUAGGCUAUAACAUAGGAAAGAGUACAUUAUCUUCUUGCAAUAGAAAGCCUUACUGCAUAUGAAAUUUU